AUGAUGCCAGUGUUGUUGUAUGGAUUGAAGCAGUCUUCGAAAGCUUGGUUUGGGAGAUUCCGUUGUGCCAUGAAAAAAUAUGGUUAUGAGGAGAGCAAUGCUGAUCAUACUUUAUUUCUUAAAAGGAAGAAUGGUAAGUUAGCAACUCUUAUUAUUUAUGUGGAUGAUAUGAUUGUGACUGGUGAUGAUCUUGAUGAAAUCGGCAAACUAAAAGGCUAUUUAGCUUUUGAGUUCGCUAUGAAUGAUCUCGGUGGAUUAAAAUAUUUUUUGGGUAUUAAGAUUGGUGCUCCUAUAGAACAAAAUCAUGGUUUGGAAGAAUAUCUAGAUCAAGUUCCAACUGAUAUGGGAUGA